GUCGUCCCUGGUGACACCGGGGGCAAAAGCCUCGAAGCUCAACAGCAUCUUGCUGAAGGAAGGAGCAAGGGUGGGCAGACCAGAAAGGAGAAGUUGGGAAUCGAGGGGUACCAAGAGAUGGGAAGCAAGGGUGGGCAGACCAGAAAGGAGCAGCUGGGAACCGAGGGUUACAAGGAGAUGGGGAGCAAAGGGGGCGAGGCACGAAAGGAGCAGAUGGGAACUGAAGGCUACAAGGAGAUGGGGCGUAAAGGCGGCCUUAGCACAACCGACAAGUCUGGUCAAGAACGGGUUGAAAAAGAAGGUAUCAAGAUCGAUGAGUCUAAGUUUCGAACCAACAACUAGCUAGCAGCUAUAUGUUCUUGGCAAGUCUCCAUGCAUGGUUGUUGGUAGUGCAUGCA